CCAAAGGUUUAGGAAGAGAAUGGAGCUCAGAAAUUACUGCAUCAAAUUCAAAACCAAUAGCCAAGAUCCGACAGGAGAAGAGGCGGGUGACCCGAGUGAAAAACAAAUACUGGUGGCGGGUUCUGUUUUUUGGAUGUAAAAACAAGAACUUAAAGAUGAAGUUUUUAUUACGAUUGAACUCUGUUUCAAAGCUUCUAUUACACCACUCUUAUCUUCUUUCUUUGCUCUCCAAUCACAUUCCUCCACCUGGCUAGUUAUCCCCAAUUUCAAUCUUUGCCCAUUAGGGUUUUCAGGUGUUCUUGUUACAAUUCAGUAAAGUGCUAUGGAGGGUUUUAGGUUUAGUGAUGCUAGCAGUGCUGCCAAGAAGAGGAGGAGUAAUACUUCACGUCGUCCUCGAAAUGAUACGCCGUUGCCUUCGGAUUACCUUGAUAUUUCGUCCUUGUCAUCGACACCGCCUUCUGAUAGUAAUGUAUCGAAACCCGAAGAUGGAGGAUUUGGAGAAUCUGAUGAAGCUUCCAACAACUUUUCUUUUCGAGGUAGUAAUGAGCAGAGGAAUAGUGGAGUUGAAUCUAGAAGAUGCAGUGAAGGUGUCCUUACCCCAGCUAAUUGGAAAAACACUAGCAACUUGGGACAGUUUAGAGGUAGUACAGACGGAGUAGGUAGUGAAAAUAAGGUGAAAAAGGUCAAGCUUAAGGUUGGCGGCAUCAUACGUACCAUUAAUGCAAACACCGCAUCUGAUGGGGCAUCUGCUGUUGGCUCUUCUUCUACCAGGUCCUCUCGCUUCCAAGAUUCUCUACAGAAAUCAAACGAGGACAAAAUGGAUGAUAAUCCUUCAUUUUCUUCAAAUAAGGGGAUUGGUUUGCGAGGAGUUCUGUGGAAGGAUUUCCCUAGAAGUGGAAUAAGUGCUAGGAUGCCUGAUGAUAAUCUCUCUUCAAAACAAACAGACAAAUAUGAGCCAGUUCGUAAGAGCAAGCGGGUUCCAAAGAAGCGCUCGUUAGACGGAGUGCUUGUUGAUGAAGAUGAGGAUGAUGAUGAGAUUAGAUACUUAGAAAAAAUCAAAAUAUCAAAGAUCACUGCUGCUGAUUAUGCUGCAGAGUAUGAGAACGAAGAGGAAGGUAAAAGUCGGAAACAAAGGAAAAUAUCUAAGGUUCUUAAGAAAAAUGUCGAUGGUCUAUAUAAUACUUAUGCUGGAGACCAUAGCUCAUCGAGAUUUGGCAAGGAAGGUAAGAGGUCUAAAUCAGGGAGAGUAUCUGAAGACACUGACUAUAUGGAAGAGGAAGAACCAGGGUCAGAUGGCGAGCCUACAGCUAAGAGGAAGAAAUCACGAAAAGACUUAGUUGAUCUAAUAGGAGACCCCAAAAAGGAAAUGAUGGUUACAACCCGUCAACGUGGCAAAGAUAUCUCGUCCAGCUUUGGAGCUAGUGGAGUCGAGUUCCCAAAUGGCUUGCCUCCAGCACCUUCUAAAAAGAAAAAAGAGGAACUCACUGAAGUGGAGCAACAACUGAAGAGAGCUGAGGCUCUUCAGAGACGCAGGAUGCAAGUGGAGAAAGCAAAUAGAGAAUCCGAGGCUGAGGCAAUCAGAAAAAUAUUGGGGCAAGAUUCGACCAGGAAGAAGCGAGAAGAUAAAUUGAAGAAACGGCAAGAAGAAUUAGCACAGGGGAGGGCUGCAAAUUCUCUGGUGGUGACUGCAGAUCAUGUGAGAUGGGUUAUGGGUCCGUCUGGAACAGUUGUAACAUUCCCCGACGAGUUAGGCUUGCCUAGCAUUUUUGACACCAAGCCUUGCAGUUACCCUCCGCCACGAGAGAAGUGUGCCGGUCCAUCCUGUUCUAAUCCGUACAAGUACCGGGAUUCAAAGUCGAAGCUUCCACUGUGUAGCCUGCAAUGCUACAAGGCCAUACACGAAAAGAUGCCGACAAUAUCUGCAUGUUAAGAUAAUAAAAAUAACAGUUCAAUUGUCUCUGCAGCUUACCUGAAAACAGAAAUGGCAAUCCUGCCGGUACUGUUGUUUUUUUGUAUGUAUGUAUUCAGCAAAUAAUAAGAAUCAUGGUGGAAUAAAUUGCCUCAGCCAGCCUAUAUGAACAUCAGUAGAAGCAGGUCGAUAAAAAAUUAUUUUUUGGUCUUUUUACUACAAA